AGGUUAAUUUCACUAGCAGCCGGCAUUAGUACAUCCGGGUGAUUCCAGUGACCUUGGGUUGGUUGUGAGAAUCAUGGCGGCUCUUGUCAGGAUAAGUUCUGUUUGCCACAGAGGUGUCAGACCUCUGUUAUUUCGCUCUUCCUCCCUCAUCAGACCCUUGGCCGUUCAAAAGAAGGAUCGUGAUUGUCCGUACUUGUUAUCAGCAAAGAUCCAUGCCACUCCGUUCAACUGUGCCAGUUCUGGGUCUAAAGGCGCUUCCUUGCACUGGACGGGUGAGCGGAUCGUGAGUGUAGUUCUUCUGGGUUUGGCACCCAUUGCAUAUUAUUGCCCCGGCCCUGCUGUUGACUACUCUUUAGCAGCUGCUAUUACUCUACACGGUCACUGGGGUCUUGGCCAGGUCGUGACCGAUUACGUUCACGGAGACUUUAAAAUCAAGAUGGCUAAUGCUGGCCUCUUCCUCCUGUCGACCGUCACCUUCGCCGGCCUGUGCUACUUCAACUACCACGACGUAGGCAUUUGUAAAGCCGUGGCCCUGUUGUGGAGUAAAUGACUGGACUGAGAUGGGGGAUGGGAUCCGCUUUCGUCAUCAGAGUUCCAGUUUAUUGUAUACAUUUGUGACAUUAAAUGUAAAUUCUAUAAAUAUAUAAUUUUUGACAACACUGUGUCGAUUUGCAGGUGUUUUUAAUUGUUAAUGUUAUCAGUUUGUUCAGAACAUGCUCAGCUUUUGCUUAAGAUGGAGAUCUCUGCAUGCCAUCCAAUCUCUUGUCUGGCAAAUCAGUGUUUCUGAAGCAGCAAAAUGAAUCCAUUGUUGUGGCUACAAGAUGCUGGUCACUAUUUGAGCUUGAAAAAUCACUACGCUAAUGCUGUCGCAUUUUUACAGGAAAAUGAUUGGGUAAUAAAUGCUUUGGCCAUCUCUUUUUGUCAGCCGGUAUCUGAUGUAUUAAGACAUAAUAGCUUGACUCAACUUGAUUGUCAGAUGCAGGAUGAACUUUAUACAGGUGUUUGAACAUGUACCUUCAUAGUCGCCCACAGCAUCUGUCACAUAUUGUCACAUUGACAGUGUUUUGGCUUCACACUUGCAUGGCCGUGUUUUUGCUCAAGUAAUCGUUUAUGAAAAACAAUUUAUAACUUGAUGUGCUUUGCAUUAAAAGCAAUUUAUGUCUUUUAUUUUAAAUUGCUUAGAUAUAUUUAAAAUGGGCACAUCCAAGCUUGUGUGGGUAAUGAUGAAAGUUCAAUCUAAAUGACAAAAUCUGAGUUUGGAUCUAAGGGUUUCUGGAGAGAUUUUUUUUUUUCUCUGACAGCAAGUAUUGCCAUUAUCACAUUGAGUCUGGUUGCAAACUGUUUAAAGUGCUAUGGAUUGUGUAAUAAAUCUGUAUGACGAUUUCUAUGCAGAUAGAAGUUUCGGGUACAGUGCACUUAAUAAAGGCAGUUUUUGUGUUA